AUUUCGCGGCGCUCCCGAGUACGCCUCUCCGCUCGGACGUCACUGCUGCUCUGGACUUUUACUCUCGCGGAAGGCAGCUUUCUUUCCUAUCUUCCUCGCCGUUGACCCCACCCAGCAUACGACAGCCACCAUGAGCUCAAGCGACCUCAAGACGUCGCCAUCCCGCAGCUCCUAUUUCAAGCCCUCCGUCAGGGAAGUCGAGGCACAGCCCGAGCAGGACCACCUGCCGACGUUCGAGCACGAGCAGCGACUUGUGCUCAAAUUUGACGUCCGCAUCCUGCCCAUCCUCGCUCUCAUGUACCUCGCGAACGCGCUCGACAAGGGCAACCUCGGCAACGCGAAGACGAACGGGAUGGAGGCCGACCUCCACUUCAAGGACGGCCAGUACAACACCAUCCUCUCCGUCUUCUUCGUGCCCUACGUCAUAUUCUCCGCCCCGGUCGCGUUCAUCGGCAAGCAAUAUGGGCCAAGCCGCGUCCUGCCCAUUCUCAUGUUCAUCUUUGGAGCUAUGACACUGUUGAGCGCGGCGGUGACGAACUUCGGUGGGAUGAUGGCUGUGAGGUGGUUUCUAGGAAUGGCGGAGUCAGGUUUCUUCCCCCUGGUCAUCUACUACCUCACGACGUUCUAUCGCCGAGGAGAGCUCGCUCGUCGUUUAGCUAUCUUCUAUGCCGCGUCGAAUAUCGCGAACGCCUUCUCAGGUCUUCUUGCGUUUGGCGUCUUCCACAUCAAAGAUUCGAAGCUCCCUGCAUGGAGAUACUUGUUUAUGAUCGAAGGCGCUGCCACCGUAAUCUUCUCGGUGUUCGCAUUCUUCUAUCUGCCCAAGUCUGCCUCGGAGGCUUGGUUCCUGAACGAUGAAGAGCGUAAGAUUGCGUUCCAGCGUAUUCAACAGGACUCCUCGUCCAUCGUCAACGAGCCGUUCGUCCUGAAGGACGCAGUGAAGAUCUUCGCCCUCCCUGCCGCCUAUGCCUGGCUCGGUAUCGAAAUCUGCUUGGGCGUGCCCAUCCAGAGCGUUGCCCUCUUCAUGCCGCAGAUCGUCGGUCGCCUCGGCUACAGCACGAUCAAAACGAACCUCUAUACCGUCGCGCCAAACUGCGUUGGCGCCGCUUUCCUCCUCAUUCUCGCCUUCUCGUCCGACUACGCCAAGAUUCGGUUUCCGUUUAUUGCCCUCGGCUUCAUCCUCACAUUCAUCGGCUUCAUCAUCUACGCAACGAUCGACGUCGAAGAACAGCUCCAUGUAGCGUACUUUGCGACUUUCAUGAUGUGCUGGGGCACCUCCGCGCCCUCGGUCCUCCUCUCGACGUGGUACAACAAUAACAUUGCUCACGAAGGCCGCCGCAUCGCCCUUACUUCGCUUGGCGUGCCUCUUGCGAACCUCAUGGGUCUCGUCUCGUCCAACAUCUUCCGGAACAAAGACGCACCAAAGUACAUCCCUGCGCUGAUCACGACUGCCGCGUUUGGCGGGACAGGCGCAGUGAUCACGCUCCUGCUAGGGACGUAUAUGAUCGUCGACAACAAGCGGAGAGAUAGGCGCGAGGGAGUCGUGCGCAAAGCAGUCGACGUCUCGACCGAAAAGCUGCGCGAGGGACCCAAUGCGCCCGAGUUUAGGUGGUUCUUGUGAGAAGACAUUUACCGGCCGCACUGCUGCCCCUUGUCCAAUUUGGCUACUCCGAGUCGCAUGUGCUCUCACAGUAUACUAAUGACUAGUCACGGAUGUAUUUCUACUUCAUAAUUGGAAGCAUCGGAUCCUG